CAGUGGACCUUUUGAGACCCCGUUCACACUUCACAGAAACGCUCUUAUCCUGUUUUUCUGUCUGUCACAACCCUCUUCAACUUCUCUGUCACUUUUUUCCAAUAUCUCUUUCUCUUCCCACAUCACAAACAACUAACUCAUUGAAUAAUCUUCACUCUUUGGAUUCAGCACAUGAAUUGAAUUGCAUUGACACAGUAGAUAGACAUAGACGAUAGACCCUUCUCGUGGCGUGAAAUUGGGGAGUCAUGAUAGCCCCAGAUCCAGUUCUAUUUAGACUAAAGGGUUUUGGGCAGUAGUAGUGUUCAUGUUGUUGUGUGAAGAAGUAAGGAGGUGUUGCUUUGCCUAAAUUGUGGAUGGACAUGGACAGGAGGAGUUGGCUAUGGCGCAGGAAGUCGUCUGAGAAAAACCCGGGUGAAAUUGAGAGUUCAGGCUCAAUGUCGUCUCAUUCUGAAAGAUUUUCCGAUGAUCUGGUAUAUCCCACCCAAACUACUCCGUCUCCAGAAGGCACGUGUGAGGCUGCACCAAAUGAUGAAGUUAAUGAUGUGAAGACUCUGACAGAAAGAUUAUCUGCUGCUCUUUUAAACUCUAGUGCCAAAGAAGAUUUGGCAAAGCAGCAUGCUAAAGUUGCGGAAGAAGCUGUCUCAGGCUGGGAGAAGGCUGAAAAUGAAUUAUUGAUUCUUAAACAACAACUCGACACUGCAAAACAGAAAAACUCAGUUCUUGAAGACCAAGUUAGUCAUCUUAAUGAGGCACUCAAGGAGUGUAUGAGGGAUCUUCAACAAGCUAAAGAAGAACAAGAGCAAAAGAUUCAUGAGGCUCUAACAAAUAACUCUUACGGCUUGGAAUCCAAAAAACCCGAUCAUGAGUGGAAAGUUGUUGAUGCUGCUAAAGCAGAUGAUGCUGCUUCAUCAGUUCAUUUGGAACUUCAGCAGAGGCUUGGGGAUAAGGAGAAAGAGAAUUCAAGUCUUAAAAUAGAGCUACAGUCUCAACUUGAGGAAUUAAAGUUCAGGACCAUAGAAAGGGAUUUGAGUACUCAGGCUGCUGAAGCAGCAAGCAAGCAACAUUUGGAGAGUAUAAAGAAGGUGGCUAAGCUAGAAGCUGAGUGCCGUAGACUGAAAGCUAUGGCUCGCAAAACAUUAUCUGCUAAUGAUCACAGGUCUGUAGCUGCCUCUUCAGUUUAUGUAGAGUCUUUUACUGACAGCAUGUCAGAUAUUGGAGAGAGGCAAUUGGUAGUUGAAAGUGAUAUGCAAAAAUUAGGAGGUUGGGAUGUGAGUGAAGGUGAGCCAAACCACCAUGAUUCAUGGCCAUCAGCUUUAAUCAAGGAACUUGAUCAAUUUAACAAUGAAAACACCGCUGGAAAAAAUAGUAUGGUCUUUUCAACCGAGAUCAAUCUGAUGGAUGAUUUCCUUGAGAUGGAAAGGCUUGUUGCACUGCCAGAUACUGAAAGUGUAAGCAGUUUUCCUGUGGAACGUACUGCAUCUGACCAACUCAAUGUUGGCUGUGGAACAAAGAAUGCUGAAGUGGAAGCUAUCGUUCAAAAGAAUGCUGCACUGGAGAAGAAACUAGAGAAAAUGGAGGCAGAGAAACUUGAGCUAGAGAUGGAUCUAACCGAGUGCCAAAAGCAGCUUGAAGCAUCACUGAGUAGGAUAAAGGAAGUGGAGCUGGAGGUAGUAGAGCUCCAAACUAAGUUGGCUCUUGCAAACAAAUCAAACGAAGAAGCAUACGAGAAACUAAAAGCAACUCAAGAAAAGAAAGAGAUAGAUGAGUCAAAACUCAGAGUUGCUCACACUGAAGCAGAAGAAUUGGUUUCAAAAAUUUGUUCAUUAGAGGAAGAGAUUGAGAAAGAGCGAGCUUUGUCCACUGAGAAUUUGGCCAAGUGUGGAAAGUUGGAGGAUGAGCUCUUGAGGAUAAAGAAUGAAGCUCAACUCCAAAAGGACACUGAGAUUCUUUAUGGAGAAGGUGCUAAUAGUGAGUUAAAGCAGGAGAAGGAACUAGCAUUGGCUACAAGUAAAUUUGCUGAAUGCCGAAAAACCAUCGAAUCUCUUGGACUGCAGUUGAAGUCCCUUGCAACAUUGGAAGACUUUUUACUUGAUUCAGAGAGCCCUAUGGAGUUAGCUUGUGAAGUUACACCAGGUUCCCAAAAUGGUGGUGAGCAGUUGAAGAAGUUACAUAAAGGUGAUUUGAGUUUGUCCAAAAGAGAUUCUGAGCCAUUAGUUUCACUAAACCCAUCUAUUACUCAUGAAAAAACCCGUUAUAGUUUUGGUAGGUUCAACCAAAGAAGCAAGAGUGUAAGCAAAACAAGAAGUCACUGAAAAAUAAGGUGAAGAAAAAAAUGAAGUUGUAAAUACGAUCUAUAAUUAUUCAACGUGUCUAAAUCCAAAGUUACUUGUUUAUAUAUA